GAGGUCCAGGAGCUGGAGGCCAAAAUAGCCACCGACUUCGACGGCGGGCGGGCGGCGUACGGCCUGUUCGCGGAGCGGUGCGGCGAGGGCAGGUUUGAGAAGUACAUGUACAAGAUUUGCGUGUUCGGCGACGCCCACCAAGGCUCGACGAAGCUGGGGUCGUGGUCAGGCUGGGACAGCGAUCACGCUCACGCCGCAGUCUACGAGGGGGGGUCCAGGUGCACCCACGGGAGGAAGCGGUCCGUCCGCGUCACCUUCGAGUGCGGCGAGGCCUUGAAGCUGGAGGCGAUCAAAGAGCCUUCCCAGUGCUACUACGAGGCUACGAUGGCACACCCCGCCGCCUGCGACCCGAGACUCUUCGAGUUCGGGGGUCACGGCGACGGCGCGGCGGCCGCCGCGCUGAGGCCGCACGAGGCGGUGCACCAGGAGCUCUGA